AUGAAACAAGAACAGCUUGGUAUGGCAAAAACGGCUUUGAUUCAAUACUGUAAGACACGUUGGAAUUCCACCUUCAUGAUGUUAGAACGUCUAUACCUUAAUCGAUCUACAUUAGCUAACGUCAUAGCUGAUCGAGCUAUUACAAGUGCAACUAUGGCACAAAAGUUUGAAAUUACAGAGAGCCAAUGGGCUAGGGUAGAAUUUCUUAUCAAAAAACUCAAACCACUACAAAUAAUAACGCAACUAUUUUGUGAUGAAAAGCAUUCUCCCGUUUCAAUGGUCAGACCAUUACUACAAAAAGUAAUAGAAAAACAUUUAUCAAUAAAUGACACUGAAGAUGAUAUUGAAAUAUAUUUCAAGCAAUCACUUAUAACACAAAUAAAAACCCGUUUUAAUCUCGAAUGGACAUCCUCAAGUACUGUAAGCCUAAGUCAAAUAUCUUCUUUACUCGAUCCAAGGUAUAAGGACUUAGAACAUGAGUCACUUGAUUCAAGAGAUGAUAUUCGAAAAGAGUUGCAAAAUAUACUUGAAACUAAUUAUCCACAGGUUUCAGUUACGGAACAUUCAAAAAAUUCACAUACAAGUGCCAUGGAGUUCCUAUACGGUGACGAAAUGAUCGAUAUAAAUGAUCCAAAAACACAAUUACAAGGUUAUCUGGCUGAACCUCAACUAAGAUUUGAUUUGGAUCCUUUUGAGUGGUGGAAUACAAGAACAAUCAAGUAUCCAAUCAUUUCCAAAUGUGCGAAGAAAUAUCUCACAAUACCAGCUACAUCAGUCAGCUCUGAAAGAUGUUUUUCAACUGCCGGAAAUAUUGUUACACCAAAAAGGAGCUGCUUACUACCAGAAAAUGUAAACAC